CGCGCGAGAAACCGCAGCAUCAAACCCAAGUCACUGCUUGUGUCGAGCGAUCGUCACAAUCGUUCAGACAGCUGCGUGAACACUAUCAUACACGCGUUAUUUAUCCGAGCGAUCGCUGCUAAUUUGGUCAAAACCAUCAACAUGGUAGCUACAGAACACGCACACGAUCAAGCUGGAAGGCUGGAAAAUAUCCCCCAGCAGCCGCUGCAUCAGAUCGACACGCCUUUUGAGAAGGCCACCUUCGGAAUGGGUUGCUUUUGGGGAUGUGACUCACUCUUUGGCGCCACCAAGGGAGUUCUGCGGACACGUGUAGGCUAUGCGGGAGGCUCUACCGAGUCGCCGGCCUAUAAGAAGAUGGGAGAUCACACGGAAGUCAUCGAAAUUGAUUAUGAUCCUCAAACGAUCAGUUACAAUGAUCUGUUGGAUUUGUUUUGGAACAACCACGAGUACGGUCUGACCACUCGCAUGAAGCGCCAGUACAUGUCGCUGAUUUUGUAUCAUAACGAGCAACAACGUCAAAUUGCGGAAGCGAGCCGGGCAGAGGAGCAGGUGAAGCGUGCUCCGGAGCAGAUCAUCACCGAAAUUGCACCAGCCGGUCCAUUCUAUCCUGCCGAAAACUACCAUCAAAAGUACCGCCUGCAGGGCCACACCGAUCUGGCCAAGGGCAUCGGACUCACGCCGGACUUGCUGCAUACGUCACACGUGGCGGCUCGAUUGAACGGAUAUCUCAUCGGCGUAUCCGGACUGAAGCAGUUUGAAGAUGAGGCCGAUCUGCUGGGAUUGAGUAAGGAUCAGGUGCAGUACGUCCGCGAGUACGUCAUCCAGAACGAGGGCGGUGGCAUUUUUUGUUGAAGCAUUCCGGACGCAUUGUGAGGAAAGAAACAACAGUGUAUAUAAUCCAUUCUCGACUUGAUGGAGAACUGAACACAGUGAGGCUUUCUCUGUCGCUGGAGCGAUUGCUGACAACGGUUUCAUAAAGCGUUGUCAUUUUUACAUUUAAAAACUGGAUCGCCGAUAGAUUAGCGAUCGAUCGCUACGAUGCGAUUUGACAAGUGAUGUUAGCCAUACUGAUUACAAGCAAGAUGUUUUUUUAAUGGCAGAUUCGUUCUUGAUAAACCUGCUGUGAUAAGGUGUUAGGAGCUGGAAGAUGCCAACAAUAGAUAAUAAGUAAUUGAAUAAAAUACUGAAGUGUUGCACUACUUUAA